CAAGCUCAAGGUGUAGAGAUCUCAGAUAGUGAAGGAACCAUUCCAUCUAUUACAGUUAAGGUCAGCAUUAAGGCAAAGACAGCAGUUCAGAAUGUACGGUUUUCUGUCCAUACUGCACUUCCUCUGGCAGCAAGUCAAACACAAUACCAGUUCUCAACACUAGAUUCCAAUAGACCAGGGGAAGUGCUAAUUUCAUUCUUUUUAAAGAAUGACUUUAUGCCAUCAGAUCUUAGUGCCGAAAUUACUGCCACCUAUCAGAAUGCUGCAGGGGCUCCAAGAGUAGCACAAGCCCUGAUCUCACUACCCAUUAAACUUGUUAUUCACCCAUGCCUUCCCGUGAAGAUGGCCACACACAAAGUCACAAUAGAUACAAAUAAACCACCAGUUAGUCUCAAUGACAUUUUCCCAGAUCUCCUUGGAGAGAAUGCAGGAGGCCCUGGCAAUGCUCUGGGAUUUCAGUUUUAUGGUGGUGUAGUGGUCACAAUGUUAGCAUCCAAAACAUCACAGCGCUACCGACUACAAAGUGAUGUCUUUCAAGCCAUGUGGAUUAUGACAAAUGAAUUAGUAAAGAGACUAGAAAAGUAUUUCAUGGCCCGUCGUGCUACAGACUUUCAGUGCUCCUUCUCGGGAACCAUGCCUCUUGCAGAAUACUUUGAUGUGGUUGAUCACCAUUUUGAAGUAAGGUUAAAAGAUCUCCAAAUGAAAGAAGUAUUGGGACAGAGAGCAGCACAGUUUCGAGCAAUUCAGAGACGCCUUCUGACCAAGUUUAAGGACAAGACACCAUCCCCUCUUGCUAACUUAGACACUCUGUUGGAUGGCACUUAUAGACAGGUAACCCACCCUUGGGAUUGUUACAAUACAGCAGCUGUAUCAACAUGCUAUCAUGACAUGUUUGAUCUUCUAUGA